AUGUCAAAUACAGCCCACGAUAGGAAUUCCCUGUUCCUGGUCAACUAUGCGACACAAAUCCUGUGCUUUGUGCUUGUUACACCCUUCGUCUUUCUUCGAAUUUUCGUGAGAUGGAAGCUCAUGAAUGGGCUGGGCGUUGAUGAUGCAUCGUGUUUCAUUGGAUGGACGGGCUUUCUGGCUGCGCCGUUGAAGCCAGUGAAUUGGGUCAGGAUCAAUUCGAACAAUGCAUUAAGGUGGGAUAUCUCAAUCUUCUUUAUUAAACUCUGUUCUGAUUUUUUCCGCCAGAUCUCCUAUGUUGCUACUGCUAUCUAUGCCCCGACAGCAUUGUUCGUGAAGAUCAGCCUAGUCACAAUUCUGAUCAGGGUCUUUCAGCCUUACUACCGAGCUAUGAUAUCUCUAUACGUCCUUCUUGGCACCGUCAUCGGCUAUUACACGAUCAUCACAUUCGUUAAGAUCUUCAUCUGCAAUCCACCUGCCGCUUAUUGGUCACAAACCGAAAUCCCGGACGCAACAUGCUUCAGCCAGCCGGGUGUGAUUAUUGCCGAUUCGGUCAUCGGGACCGUAACAGAUGCUGCAAUUUUUGCCUUUCCAGUUGGGUUUACCUGUACGUUGCAGAUGCCAUUUUGGAAGAAGGUCAAGGUGAUUGUUCUGCUGGGGCUUGCUGGUGUGGCUGUGGCCUUUAGUCUUUACAGACUGGUGAUUGGCGUCCAUGAGAGGAAGCAUCUUCAUUCAACUACGUUGUAUAUGAAGUCGAUCUUGACAGCAAAUGCCGAGUUGGGACUUGGUUUAAUUUGCGCCUGCCUCCCGGCUAUCAAUGUUUUGACGAGCUGGACUCGUCGAAAUUCACCCUCAGUCAAAGGCUAUUUCAGCCGAAACCGCAAACACGACCAGCCCUCGGGCCACAUCUACGAUGGACCUACAACAAGCGAUGGUCGAAGUCGAAACCAAUUCGUUCACAGCCAUUUAAGCAGCUGUGCACGUCGGAGCUCAACAGAUUCCACUCAGCUUAUUGCGAACCAUGAAGAAUUGGGAAUGCCAGCUGGGGACAAUAAUGACGGGAUUAUAAAAAUGGUCUCUUUGAAUCAGCAUUGGGAGAAUGCUUCACACAGCAAUGAGGGAGCCGAACGUUCCGAAAUAAUAUAG